UUGUAAAUGCAAAUGGACUCCUCCUGAUACCUGUGGUUGUUCAGCUGCCUAAGCGUCGUAGAUCCCUCUUUCUUUUCUAUUCUUUUUUUCAUCUGAUGAUGUUAUCAUGGCGAAAGGCCGGCGACUGACAGCGAGUCGUAGCGAACGCUUACUCGGAAGCAGCUACAGCUACAACUACACCCAAGGAUCCAUAGGAGGGGACGAAUCAGAGCUCGGCGAAGAAGAUGUUUGGUCGAUCGUCGAUGAAGCCGAUCGGAACGAGGUGGUCGUGAACAAUUCGCUGAGCGAUUGGAGUCCACACGUAACCUCUGAGAGUAAUGGAAGUAUUUCUCCAAAGUGCCGGCGCCGGAUUUCGCGUGAGGGAGGCCACGUCGGUGGACUCUCACUGGCUUUCGAAGAUACAUGCAAAACAGGAUCGCCGAGGGUGGUGCAUAAAAUCCGAGGCCAUGACAGCGUUGCAUCCCCACGUGUAGGCCACCACAUGGCCACGUCGGCACCUGUGAACGUGCCGGACUGGAGCAAGAUCUAUCGCGUCGACUCAGUCGAAUCGCUGCACUACUCGGAUGAGAACAACAACAAUGGUAUGGGUGAGCGUGAAUCGGAGAUGGUGCCACCGCAUGAGUACUUGGCACGUGAGUACGCACGUGGCUGGAAACCCGGCGGGAUGUCCGUUUUUGAGGGCGUCGGGCGGACGCUCAAGGGGCGUGACCUCCGGCGCGUUCGCGAUGCUGUUUGGAGCCAGACCGGCUUCGAUGGUUAAAAUAAUUUACUGAGCCGGAUAUUGUUAUUGUUGUUAAUUGCUAUAUAUUAAUGAUUCGGACGAGUUGACUAGGUGUUGGGAAUGAGCCAACUCGGGAUGGAGUGAGCUCAGCUGCUCAAGCCAGAAUGAUAGAACCUCCCAAUUGGGAUCUCCCUGUUCUGCUCUGAAUUUGCGUUGGAAUUUUCUAAUCCGGAAAUCUCUCCAUUUUUCUAAUUAUGGUCGAAUAUAAUUUUUAGCACAUUUUUUUACCUUCCCUUAAUAAUACCAUGUACCAAAUUUACAGGAA